AUGGUGCAGGGCGCGCUGGAGCUGCGCACCAAGGUGGUGGAGGACGUGCUGACGCCGCUGGCCGACUGCUUCAUGCUCCGUGCUGAUGCCGUGCUGGACUUCGCCACCGUCUCCGAGAUCCUCCGCUCCGGCUACACCCGCAUCCCCGUCUACGAGGGUGACCGGCGUGACAACAUUGUCGACCUGCUCUUUGUCAAGGACCUGGCCUUUGUCGACCCUGAUGACUGCACCCCCCUGCAGACUGUCACCCGCUUCUACCGCCGUCCACUCCACUGUGUCUUCAACGACACGCGCCUCGACACGCUGCUUGAGGAGUUCAAGAAGGGAAAGUCCCACCUGGCCAUCGUGCAGCGAGUGAACAACGAAGGGGAAGGAGACCCAUUCUACGAGGUGAUGGGCAUUGUCACCCUGGAGGAUGUCAUUGAGGAGAUCAUCAAGUCCGAGAUCCUGGAUGAGACGGAUCUGUACACGAACAAUCGGAAGAAGGAACGGGUGCCCCACCGGGGACGCAAGCCCCAGGACUUCUCCAUCUUCAGGCUCUCGGACAGUGAGAUGAAGGUGAAGAUCUCCCCACAGCUCCUCCUGGCUACCCAUCGGUUCAUGGCAACAGAAGUGGAGCCUUUCAAGUCCCCCUACCUCUCCGAGAAGAUCCUGCUGCGGCUCCUGAAGCAUCCCAACGUCAUCCAGGAGCUCAAGUACGACCGAAAGAACAAGAAGGCAGCGGAGCAUUACCUCUACCAGCGCAACCGCCCCGUCGACUACUUUGUCCUCAUCCUGCAGGGGAAAGUGGAGGUGGAGGUUGGCAAGGAAGGGCUGCGGUUUGAGAAUGGGGCAUUCACCUACUACGGUGUCCCUGCCAUCAUGGCUGUCAUCUCCUCAGAUAACGAUGUGCGAAAAGUGGGCAGCCUGGCUGGAUCCUCCUUCCUAUUGAACAGGUCACCGUCGCGGUGCAGCGGGCUCAACCGCUCCGAGUCGCCCAACCGGGAGCACAACGACUACGGGGGCAGCACCACGCAGCUCCACAGCAGCAGCAACAACAUCUACACACCUGACUACUCUGUGCACAUCCUCUGCGACGUGCAGUUUGUCAAGGUGACCCGGCAGCAGUACCACAACGCGCUGAGCGCCUGCCCGCCAUGCCUGCCCUGUGUCCCCGCAGGCAGCCGCUCCGAGGGGCUGCGCAGUCCCAGCGAGUCGGUGUUCCUGCGCAUGGAGGGCAUCCCCUUCAUCCAGGAGGAGCUGGCUGACAAUGAGGAGAACAGCAAGCGGCAGAACAGUGAGUGCUGCGGCACCGUCCUGGAGGCAGAGUCCCCUGGCAAAGAGGCUGGGACCAGCUCAUCGCCGAGUAGCUCCGAGGAGACGCUGGGCAGGCGGCUGCUGAGAUCCCUCAGUGGGCGCAAGCAGCAGCCAUCACCAGAGGGUGAGAAGACACCAGAGGAAUGCUCCAAUCUUGCCCCAUUAAUCACCUGA